CACUGAUUUUUAUCUGUUUUGGCAGUUCGGCUUUGGUGAAUAGGCGUACGUGAAUUUUAUCUUUAAUUUUCUGUGAGUGCUAAACCACCUGGCAACGAUUACAAGAUGAUGUUCGACGUCCAAACGAUCGCAAUCGUGUGCCUUUUCGUCGUUAUUUCGGCCGCAGUUUUACUUUUCAUCUCAAUGGUUGUUACCAAAGAGAAGACCUACGAAGAGGCCAUUGCAGAGCAAAGACAGCAAACCAAUGCUUUGCUUACCAGCCAAACCAAACAGAAACCGAAAGAAAAGAAACAGAAAAAAGCUGGCAAGAAAGUGAAAGAGAAAACUAACCCCGUUCCAAUUGAACAGGAAAUUGAUGAAACUGAUGGUGUUGAUCAAUCAGUUGAAAAUAUUGGUGUAACUUCACAAACAAUGUCUUCUUCCCAUCCAAAACAUCAUGUGGAAUUUACAGAACCUGCAGUUUUAGAAGAACAACCUACUAAGGAUGUCAACAAGAGACGCCCGAAAAAGGAUAAGGUUCGCCCUAUCCUUCUCAAUAGAGACAUGUCCGAAGAGAAAAUCGUUCUUACUCCGGACUGCGAGGUUGAACCAGCGAAUCACUUCGAAGAGUCCCAUCCGAAAGACGAAUUCGAAUUGAUGCAUUCGCAAAGCGUAAGUCUGGAGAAAGACAAUUCUCCAAAAAGAGAACCUGUUAAGGAAAAGCUGGUAAAAGAAAAAUUGAAUGCAACCCACGAAGCGAUUCCGUUCAAAACCAAAAAGAUGCCAAAACUUCAAACUGUCGAAACCACUACUCAAACUAAUCCAUUAAAAGAGGAGCUUCCGGUACAACAAGUGACUCAAAUCACGCAAACUAAUGGUUUAGUAUCAAACAUCGGAAAAGAUAAGAAAAAGAAGAAAACCGAGCAUAAUAUUCUUGAACAACUUACUGCCGAAAAAGAUGGACUCAAUCUACAACUUCUGAGUUCAUUGGUGCGUAAGGCUGAAUUGUCUCGUUCUGAGGUACAAAUUCUUAUUGAUAUGUUACUAAACAAGCAGCACGAGGCCCCUGCAAUAAUUGAUGAGUGGAGCGAGGGUAAAGCCGACCCUGUCCAAAAACUCAAAAAACAAUUGGCCGAAAAAGAAAAGAUGCUCCAAGAAGAACAAGAAGCCUUGGUGAGCGCCCAGGCAAAAUUGAAGGAGGUACGCAGUGAACAAAUCGCGGAAAAAUCACAGUUGCAACAGAAAAUGCGUGGAUUAGAAGAAGCCCUGAAUGCAAAACUUGUAGAACUACAGAACGUUAACGGUCGAUUGGUUGGAACGCAACAGAAGUUGCAACCGUUGCAAGAACAACUUAAUAAUGAAAUGAUCAAGAGUCAUAAGUUGAUGGAAGAGAAUGGAGGUUAUCAAAUGCAAAUACAACAGUUGCAACAUAUUAUUACUCAAGCCCAAGAAAAAGAAAUGGCUAACGAGCAUCAACAGAGUAUUUUGGCGCCGUUACAACAUCAAAAUGCUAUUAUGAAGAAUGAAAUCGACCAAAAAGAAGAUUAUAUUAGAAAAAUUGAGGAAGCGCAUAAAGAUUUAGAACAUCGUUACGGUAUGAUGCAACGUCAAGAAAAUGAUAUGCAAUUGGAAAUAGCUCAGUUAAACGCGACGUGUCAAAAGCAAAUGGAGGAAUUCCGUAUAUCCGAGUUGACAAAAGUUCAAGCAUUGACUGAAUUACAGAAUAUGAAGAAGUACAAAGAGGAAAGCGAUGAAAUUAUAACAAAAUUAAAAUCUGAAGUUUUAAACCUUGAAGAAGAAAAACGCCAAACCGAUCUAUCUAGGGAAAAUGGUGUUAUGGAAGAGAAGAAAGCUCAUCAAGUUGAGGUGAUGAAUCUACAAAACGAAUUAUCAUCAUUGAAAUCUCAAAUGCAAGAAAACGAAAAAAGGUAUAAUGCUAAUUUAGACGCAUCAAUUAAGAGACUCGAAACGGAAUUGGCGGAACAAAAAGAUAAGAACAAUGAUUUACGCAAAAAGAACUGGAAAGUGAUGGAAGCCUUGAACAUAGCGGAAAAUCGUAACAAAUGCGUGAUUAAUGUUGAAGAAACAGUUACAAAAAUAAAACUUGAACAGGAAAGUAUGAACAAAAAAUUCAUCCAAAGACUCUUCCCAAAUAUUAAAGUUAACGAAAAUGUAACGCACGAAGAAUGGUGCGAGCAAAUCGAAGGUGCAAUUUCUCGAUAUGUGAAUGAGCUUGAAAAGCCAAAAACUCCAGAACCCGUUGACAACAGCGAAUUGAUCAAGUUACAAACUGAAAAUAAACGGUUCAAAGUUAUAAUAGCCGAUACUGAAGGGGUUUUAAAUAAACUUCAGAACCAUGUAGAACAAGCUGAAAUUCAAUGGACAAAAAAACUAGAAAAUAAAGACAAGGAGUUGGCGUUGCUUAAAACUCAAUUAAAACAGUUGCAAGAUCAGUUGGAUGAAAUGCAACAACGUUUAGCAAUAGAAGAAGAAGAAAAUCAAAAAGUUUUAAAUGAAAAUGAUACCUUAAAUAAAGGUCAUAUAGACAGACUUACAGAGGAUAUAAGCAACCUAACUCAACAACUCGAAGAAUCCCAAAAAAGAAAUAGUGAACUUCAAAUCCAACUGGAUUCCCUCAGUAAUUUAGCAGUAAAAGCAAUUAAUAAUCAUAGCAGCACCUCAAAUGGCCCAGCUGUAACAGUAGAGAACAAUGGUAAUUAGCGUUAUUUGCUGAAGGAGCUUAAAGAAAAAAACAACUAGAAGUACAUAAAAACGUGUUAUUAUUAAAAUAACAAAAAAAAAACCUACGAAGCAUAUUAUUUAUAUUUUUCUAUUUAGUACCUAUUAACGACAACCGCAACUUAGAAGUUUCUGCUCGUGAUAAAUUCAUUCCUAUACACACCGAUCGACCGUUUGGAGACCGUGCUAAACUAUCCGUGCCUCCAGUGCAAUUGUACGAUUUUCCUCUUUUUCGUAUGAGUUUCCCUUUACAUUAUUUUAUAUAUUGCUAAACAGUGCCACGUUGCAAUUGUUUUCAUUAUUUUUGUGUUUAAUGUUUUAUUUCAUGGUGUUGUAAUUAUUAUUAUGGUUCUAUUUUUUUUUCUAAGUGGAUAGAUAACUUAUUAUUGUACCCGUAAUUACUCGUUUAGUAAUCAAAAAUUUUUUAUUAUCAAAAUGUUAUUAAUUAUCUUAUUUAACUACACAAUAAAUUUAAGUAAAAAGAAUGUCAAAAUUGUAUAUUUUGAAAGGAUUUCCUGAAGCUGUAAUAAAAAAAUAGAUUUAAAUGAUGAGCGAAAUUAAUGCGCACACGAAAUUGUUGCCGCUAAUUUUAGAUACCGGCUUAUUAAUCCCUGAUAUUAUUAUCAUUAUUACUAUAAUUAUUUUUGCAGGAGAAAAAAGAAAACGUAUCGCUACUUUGACACCCCUGCUACUAAAUCGAAUUGUGUAAUACAAUUGAUGCUUGUAUCCCCGGAAUGGUAUUUUCUUCUUAUUUUUUGUUUAAUAAGGGAUGGAGAUAUUAGUAAUUGUACGACGCAUUAAUAAUUAUAACUUAUAUAACAGUAUAUAAAAACAUCAAUAAAAUUUAUUAUAAAAAAUC